UGGUUCUGUAGUCUGUCUCUGUAAUUUCUUCUCUCUCUCUCUCUCUCUCUCUCUCACACACACACACACACACACACACACACACACACACACACACACACCCCACUCUGUUGUACUGCGCUCCGCUCUGGUCUCUGUGUGUAACGAUGUCGGAUUUGGAGAACUGCCUGAACACCAUCAUUCACAUCUUCCACAAAUACUCAGAGCGAGAGGGAGACAAAAACACGCUGACCAAGAGGGAGCUGAAGGAACUGCUCACACACGAGCUGCCGUCAUUCACACAGCAUGUAAAAGACCAGUCUUCAUUUGAUUCUCUGAUGGAGGGUCUCGACACCGAUGGAGACGCCGAGUGCGACUUCCAGGAGUUCAUGACCUUCAUCACCAUGGUGACCAUCUGCUGCCACGAGUUCUUCGAACACCAUGAGGAUGAAUGAGAUGAAGAGGAAAGAGGGAGCGCUGGAAAUGAAACCAGAUUUUAUUAUUAGUGUAACAGCAUAGAAUCACAAUCCAUAACUUCUCAUUCAUCUUCUUCUUCUUAUUAUUAUUAUUAUUACUAUUAUUAUUAUUACUUUCUGUUUUGUUGGGAAUUGGCUUAUGAUUCCUGGUCUUAACUCGAUUAAACUGGUUUAUACUGAAUGGCUUUAGCUGGUUGUAACUAGUUCUUGCUGGGUUUGACUGGUUUGUACUAUUUUUGACAGGUUGUGGCUGGUUCUAGCUAGCUUUGAUUUCUUUUUGACUGGUACUUACUAGUUUUUUAGUUUCGAAUAGUUUUGUUUAAUAAUGUAGCUAGGUUUGACUGGUUCUGACUGGUUUAUUUUUCUAGUUUUGACUGGUUGACUGGUUUUAUCUAGUCUUAAUUGGUUAUGACUGGUUUUAUCUUGUUUUUCCUGUUUUGGAUGAAUUAUCCAUCGAUUUGUUUAAUAAAGUAACUGGUUAUGACUGUUUUAUACUGACCGGUGUUGACGUUUUUAUCAGUUUGUACUGAUCGGAUUUGACUAGUUUUUUAUCUGGUUUUGAAUGCCUUCAACUGGGUUGUUGAGGCCCCCCACCCCACCCCCAAAUCAAAUGUAAAUGGAAUUUCAUAUGAUUUAUCAUUGUUUUUUUUGUUGUUGUUUUUAGCCGACUGUCUCUGUCACCUAACCAUAUUUGCUAAACCUUUAUUUAUUUUUAGGAGAAUCAAACAAAAUGAAUGUAGUGACUGGAACACACAAACCCCAGUUUUCCAUAAAAAACGAGUGAGUGUUAGUAAUAUUUUUCUAUUUCACUGUGAAACAUAGCAAAAACACUCCAGUCAAAGCGAGCUGUGAUUUUUCAGUGGCACUUAAAAAAAAAAAUUAAAAUAAAAGCUUUUAACAAAUCACACUGUUACUUAAUCGGGAUUAGAACAAAAGGUUAUGCUGAGUUAUUAUUUUGUGGCUCUGUGAAUUCACAAUGCUCACUUUUAAAACUGUGAGAUACUACUACACUACUGCUGGUACUGCUGAGCAUGAAGCACACAGAUCCUGCUAGGUUCCUCUGUCAUUUCUAAUGGAAGCUUGUAACCUGAUAAUAAAAAUGAUUUCAAUA